AUGAACGACGAUCCGAAAAACUCCCUGCGGAGCUGUACAUCCUGCCGCGCACGCAAGAUCCGCUGCGACAAGCUGAGGCCUUCCUGCCACGCGUGCGUCAAGAACCGUCUAUCCUGCGAGUACCCGACCACCACGAGACGUGCGGCCCCGCGGCCGCGGCGGGAUGUCGUCCUCAUGGAGCGUCUCGCCAAGCUUGAGGCCGUGAUCGGGGAGCUGGCUACCGGUGGCGGUCCCACUGCUGCGGGGGGGGGGCGGCGGUGCUGGGAGCGAGAGCGAUGCCGGUGAUGGGAAUCUGGAGGCGUGCGGGAGCGGGGGUGGGAGUGGGGAUACGACGAGGGGAUUGGGAGAAUUGGAGGCCGGGUUGGGAAAGUUGCUUGUUUCCGAGGGCAAGUCGAGAUAUAUCAGCCCGAGAUUCUGGGCGAGCUUGAGCGAGGAGGUGGGUUUCGCUUUCUUCCAUACCCUCCCAUACCCCAUUUCCAUCCGCUACCUUCGCCGUUGGCCCUUUGGUGGCCCGAUUCGCCGUCUCACCAUGCGAGUGGGUGGCAGAGAUCUUCUCAAGUCACGCUCUAGCUAGUUUGGGCAAAGAGCGGGCGUGCAUCGACGACUACAAUUCUAACCCUAUAACUAGGUAGCCGACCUCAAAUCCCUCAUUGAAGAGUCGCCUCCCGCAACUGCCACCUCUCCAGCAUCGCCGGAUGAAACCUUGGUUAUGCCCUUGUCCCACCUCUUCAGGUCCCCCGCCGAAGACUUGUCAACCUUCUAUCCUACUCCCGCCCAGGCCGCCCGUCUGUACGAAAUUUUUGUCGUCUCCGUCGAUCCAGUAGUACGGCUUCUACACAAGCCAACCUUUGAAUCAAAGCUUGCGAGGCUACAAGAGCAUGACCCUCUGCAUCCCGACAGGGGCUUUGAAGCUCUCGCCUUUUCAGUGUAUUAUGCCGCCGUUAAUAGCCUUCACCCGGAUAAUGUGCAGCAAAUGUUUGGCACGGAUAAACCCUACUUACUAAACAAAUAUCGUGUAGCUGUAGAACUUGCCCUGGCUAAUGCCGGAUUCCUGCAAAGUGAAGAACUGAUGACAUUACAAGCCCUUGUCCUGUUCAUCGUAAGCCCUCAACCCCGUUUCCUAGAGCGGAUCGGAACUAAUGGUCAAAGAGCUGCUCCCGAGCUCCAGAUGACACCCGAACUCCGUGGGUGCUCGUCGGCGUAGCAAUUCGGAUAGCGCAAAGCAUGGGCCUUCACAGGGACGGGGAAAGCUUUAACAUAAACCCCUUGGAAACCGAAAUCAGGCGGAGACUUUGGUACGAAAUCUGUCUGCUCGACCUGCGAACAGCGGAGGAGCAUGGCUCCGACCCGGGUAUAUCCACCCGGAGUUAUGACACCAAGUUACCGCUCAACAUAGAAGAUACCGACAUUCUCCCCAAUUCCGCUUAUCCGAUAAUCCCGAGAAAGGGCUUCACCGAGAUGACCUUCUGCCUGAUACGCUUCGAAGUCCUGGACUGCCUCAGGGUAGUGGCUAAAUCUACGCCCGGAGCGGGCAAGGUCAAAGGAGCCGAACAACUCACCUUGGGGGAGAAGGAAAAGAUGCUGGAUGAAUUAGCCUCGAAAUUAAGAACAAAGUAUCAAGCAGGGCUGGACCUCACCAUCCCCAUCCAGAAGAUAACCGAUAUGGUCAUCCGGCUGAUGGUAGGGAGGGCUUUGCUGUCUCUGUACCACCCAUUGAGACACUUUAAAGAUGGCUCGCUGUUGAACCAGGAGAAAAAGGACAAGUAUGCUUAUCGCCCGAGCCAUGCGUGAAACAAUGCUGAUCCCAGAAGACUGUUCCGGACGGCGGUGGAAGCCUUAGAGUGCUCCGCAUUCUUGGUAAGCGAUCGUGACAUUGCACGGUACGACCAAUGGAACUGGCUCUUCCAAAAAUACAACCAGGCACAUGCAACCGGCCUCGUGCUAUCCGAGCUCAUAGUAAGGCCACCCUUUGGCACGGAUCGCAUGGUGGAGAGGGCAUGGGCGGCGAUGGACUUGCUCCUUGAUAGCAAACCUUGGAAGCGGGAGCAUCCCCUCAUGGCGGAGAGAGUGUGGAGACAAUUGGACAAGCUUAAGGACAAGGCGCUCGCCAGGAGAAGGAGGGCAAGGCAGGAGUUGGAAAUGGCGCAGAGGCAGAGACCAAGUGAAUCGCUGUCGCCAGGAGAAAGUGAUAUGUGGGAGGGAGUGGACGUUGAGGAUGCGCCCAUUGAUUGGGUGAGUUGUCGUGAUCACUAUCGCUACCUGUGAAUGCUGAAAUGCGCUGACCAUAAACAGAGGGAAUGGGACGAAAUGUUUCAAUACAUCAAGAUGGAUAUUGAGUAGAAAUGUUUCGCCGGGGAGAUAGGCCGCAAGCCGGGUUUGGGACGGAGGACGGAUCGGGGUAAAUAACGCUUAACAAAUACCUGCAAUGGGUUAGUGGGGUUAGUGAUACAAGUACAAUGAUAGAGCCACAGUGGCAGCAUUAA